AUGGGCGGUAAGCGCAGAGGCGGUGGUGGGGGUGGACCGCCUGAACGCGUACGGACACAUUUGUUAUUUUCGAGGGAACACACGCAAAGCACCCAAAAGAGGAAACGAAGACCCCAUAACAAAUUGCAACACACAAAUGUCCACAAAAAAGACGAAAUGGUGCAAGCGGGAGCGGGUUUAUUAGAUCCAACCGAGUGGACCGGCAAUCAACGAGUUCUACACUAUGGACCAAUGGCACAAAGGGAUCCAUAUUUCUACUAUUAUCCAAAAGGAUGGGAUAUUUUAUAUCCAGCCACUUUUGGAUUUUUCCCCUAUCGGACAACUCGAUUUCGAGGUUCUCAUUCCACGGUUUGUGUUGGCGCAUUUGGUGUUUUUUUAUUGUUCGGUGGAGCUUUUAUGGUAUUUCUUGGUUAUUUCUGGCUCAAAGUGCUACAGAUUGUGGGUCCUGUUUUUCUUAUUCUUGGCGCUAUUCUAUGCUCACUUGCCUGUUGCCUCAGUCUGACAAACAGUGAUUUUUUCAAAACCUAUUUGCAUCAUACCAAACAACAUGAAGAGCCAUCAAAAUUGACGACAAUCACUACCAUUUAUCGGGAUCCCGAGCCCUAUUUCGAGAAAGAUCCCUAUCAACCACUUCCACCGCCCGCCUAUCCGGUUUUAGCCAAUAAAUAUGCUCACUCGAACGUUGUUAAACCACAUGAUGAAUUGAAACUCUAUCCACCAGUUAUUCCCGGUUGUUCGACUCUCUCUUUGCAUGGCCGGAGUCCUUCACAUUUACUCGUAGGAAGCCCAUACAAUACUUUACGAGUGUACGGUACUCAGAGUCAAAGAUAUCAAGCCGGCAAUGGUGCCGAAACUACUUCUGAACGUCGUCGUGUGGGAAGCAUAGUCACGAAUAAAAAGACGAAUAGUGAACAAAAACGAUCAAAAAGUGCGGGUCCGUUACCUCGAAGUGGUUCGAAUCGCUCUACAAGAUCACAACGACCACGUGAACGGGAAAAUAGUCAAAUU